AGCCGCCUCCCCGCCGGGCGAACGUCUGCGCGGAGUGCGGAGGGAUCCGCCGAGCUGCGCGCCGCCCCGCUGGGCAGCUGUUUAACAUCGCUUCGUGGAGAUACACGCUGAGCUGGGCCGGCCCCGCGUCCUUUAAGGGUCGGCAGCGCUGCCGCGUGGGUGGGCGAACUGCCCCAAAAAAAUGGGAUUAUUUUUUUUGGCGUUGUGUGGCGGAUGCUGCCGGCUCGCGGGCGCCAUGAGGCUGCGGUGGAGGCGGCUGGAGUGCAAGGCUGUUGUGUAGGAUUGGAGUCCUGGCUGCUCGUCCUGGAGAAGAACAGCUUUCGGCCCUCCCCCACCUCACAGUAAGUUAGGAGUGAGCGAAGGACUGGGAAGGCACAGUGCUGAGACAGCUGGCUCAGAUCGGUCAGAGGGGCGGUCCAUACGAUACAACGUCAUGCUCUGCAGGAACAACUAGAAAUAAAGGAUAAAGGAGAGGAGAGGGGAUUUGGCUUCCAAGGUGGUUGUAGACUGGCUGGGCAUCGAUCUGCCUGUGGGAGAUUUGCAGCAAGUUGAUUGAAUAAAACGCGGAGUAUAAUAUGGAUGCGAGUGCUUGAUCACCAUUUCUUCCAAAAAGGAUAUUUUGUGGAUUGGUGGACUAAAUGAGUAACUGAGAAGCCACACAUACACCAGACUAACUUCAGGAAAACAUUCUGUUGCUGCUGUUUGAUGAAGCUGGUGCAGAUUUGCAUCUUCUGAAAUGCAGCUGAAAAAAAUGAGGGAAAUUCUACCAAGAUUGUACCCUGGCCAAGUCAAUGAUAAAAAUAAUUCCUUAACUACAUCCCCAAAGCAAUCGUUUGAAGAUAAAACAAAUCCAUCAAAUGGUGAUGAUGAUCAGAACUACUGUUACCAAGGGACUGAGGCUGAGAAUAAUAAGCUGUCACUGAUAAGCUGUAUGAAAUGCAGAAAUAUUCAGAAAGUUUCAAAGCAAGAUUUAGAAAAGCAUAAGAAACUUGGGUGGACUGAAGACAAAAACUUCAUCUGCAAGAUGUGCAGUCAUAUCACACCGCCUGUUUUCCAUUUUGUCCCUGAAGGUGCCAAUGCUGUAGACUGUGAAAAACAUGAGAAAACUUAUCCAAGAAAAAAACAGAAAGCAUUUAAAGUUAAAAACUUUUUGCCCGGUAAAUACUACUGUGAUAAAUGUAGAUUUUCAACAAAGGAUCCUUUGCAGUAUAAAAAGCAUGUACGUCAACAUGAAGAAAUUAAAUUUAUUUGUUCCUAUUGUAAUAAUAUAUCCUACACCAAAGGUGGAUUCCAGAGACAUUUGGUGAAGCACACUGGAAUUUUUCCGUAUCAGUGUGAAUACUGUGAAUAUGGUGCUGUUAGGAAUGACUAUAUAGUGAAACAUACAAGAAGAGUGCAUGAAGCGCCCAAAAAACAGCUGUCAAAUACUGGCCUAAAACGUCAGCAAAAGAAGUCUGGCUUGCCAAGUCAAAGCACUUUAUUUGAAAAGCAGAAAUAUGAAGAAAUUGCUUUUCAGAAUGAACUUUCAAAUUCAUCUUCGAGUAUCACUUGUGAGAUUCUAGACAAAGCAACUAAAAUAGUCUCUUCACCUCACGAUAUAGAACGCAGCAUCAAUGCAGCAUUAAUCCAGAAUGAAACAGUAUUGGAGCCAUCUGAAAUAAGCAUGUGUGAGAAUCAGAGUGUGGAAGUUGAGGUUUAUUCUCCAAAAAUGGAGCCUUUACAACCUGGAAUGCCUUUAACUGUAAUUGCACCAUCUGAACUUGUAGUUCCUUCUAACUGUUUAGCUCAGAUAGUAGAAAUUAAAAUAGUGAACGGAGCUCAACAGCUGGUUCUUAAACUAAUUCCUAUGAAAGAAGCAGCUUGCAGGCCUGUGAACCGUGCUGAAUUGGGACUUGAGAAUCAAGGUACAGAGCGAACUGCAGAAGGAAAAAAAACAUAUUUAUCUUCAAAUGAGUUACUAACCAUGGAAGUGAAUGUAGACAAGUUAUCCAGUAUUAGUAACCAGCUUAAUUUAGAUAGUAAUUAUGACAAGAAUUCUGAAUGCCUUUAUUCAUCUGAUUCUCAGUACUCAGACUGCAACUCUGCAUCAGUACAGAAAGAAGACUCGUCAAAAUUAUGCCUUCAUUUGGUGAAAGGUAUUGAUGUUCAUUCAGGUGUUAUAGAACUUUGUUCUCAGUCUUUGGUGACUAAUAGUACUGAAAAAAAAUGUGAUCUUAAAUCACCCAAGAGGGGAGUGGAUGUAAAAAAUAAGUUACGUUAUGAUUUGUAUUGUUAUGAAGAAGGUGUAGAUACAUCUUGUCCAAAGUAUGCCACUGUUUCUGAAGAUAAAAGUUCCAGGAACAAUUCAGUAAAGGCUACUCGGGAGAGCAAAAAUUUCUACUCUUCUGCUGUCCUUAAACAAAAAGAUAUGUUUCCGCUAAAGAGGGAUGACAAAGAAUGUAGGAGUCCGAUAGUCAACUCUGCAGAAACACAUUUAGCUGCUAAGGGUUUUGAUAGAAAAUCUGUUGCGUGUUCUGAAGCAGAAAAAAACUUUCAUGUUACUAAAGCCUCACCUUGGGAGGACAUGACUUUUAGCUUUAGCAAAGUAAAGAAAGCUGAGACUGUAAGUCAACAAAAUAAUCUUCUUCUGGAAUCACUAGAACUACAGAAAAUGGAGAAUAAAAACAAGCCUUUUGAGGGACCUGUUAUUUCAUCUGUAUUUUCUCUUAGCUCUGGGGCUGAAAAUGUUCCAGAGGGCAUCAAAUGGGAUGAUACAGCUCGCAAUAAAAAGUCAACAACGCUGCUGUGUAGAAAAAUUGCUCAGCUCAUGUCUGCUGCUGAAUCUAACAUGAAAUCUAUGCCUUUGAGAUGCCAAGCUUCUAGUAAAAAAAUGCAUUUCUCUCAGGAAAAUUCGGCAAGCUGUGUGAGAGCUGCUUCUGCCUCUGAAUUGGAGCAAGCUAUGUCUUUCCCUCAAGUGCAUGGUGGAAAUAAUGUAAUGGGUAGUGAGGAACAAAGUAAUGAGCAGCUACUUACAUUUGCAAGAACAUCUAAAAGCAGGCUGUCUAAAAAUUCCAAUGUUGCUUCUCCAGUGUUUAUCCCCAAAGGGACAGUGCUGAGAGUGCUCAAUGCUGCUAGCAGUCAGAACUCUAGAGGAAUGGAAAAGAUGAGUGAAGCGUCAGCUCCUUCUUCAUACUGCAAUGAGAUGCUUCUGCCUCGUCCAGUUCCUGUCAGUGUUUCUGAGAAACUUAGCAGUAAUUUGCCAUGUUUGCCUAAUCAGAGUGAUCCAAAUACUCAGUCCCGAAAUAUAUCACUCAGGCAAAGACCAAAGCGAGAGAUGAAUGCUAAGACUAGUAGCAAGCAAACUGUUGUACCAUAUCAGAAAAAUGGUUACAUUAGCAAGCAAAGCAAACCCUAUUCAAAAAGUCAACAAGGACCCAAAAAUAAGGUAAAACAAACAGGUUUCAGGGAACUUCCAAAAAGAAAAACAAGAACACAGUCAGAAACCAGUUCAGGUUCUGACAUGUCAUAUCUGUUGACAGCAAGACGUCUUCGGCUUGUCCCUCUGAGAAUGAAUCAGUUGAUUAAGUGCCCUCGUCGUAACCAGCCAGUUGUGGUACUAAACCAUCCUGAUGUCGACACGCCUGAGAUAAUCAAUGUAAUGAAGACUAUCAACAAGUAUAAAGGUCAUGUCCUGAAAGUGGUUCUGUCAGAAAGGACAAGUAGUUGUCUUGGUGUCAAACGUUACCGAAAGCGUCUUACUCUUCAGAAUGCUGAGACAGGAAGCCAAGGAAAAAAGCAGAGUAUGCUAAAAAUGAAACUGAAAAAAACGCAUAAAAACAACUACCAGGUGGUGGAAGCCUCACCAGCUGAAGCACUAAAGUGUAUGUUUAAGUGCUGGUUUUGUGGAAGAGUAUAUGCAGACCAAGAAGAAUGGAUAAGUCAUGGACAGCGGCACUUGAUAGAGGCAACCAAGGGUUGGGAUGUUCUUUCACUCCCAGUAACAAAGCAUUAAUUGAGAGACUAGUUUUGUCUGUUUGUUUUCAAUCUUAAUUGUAAUGAGUGCCAUUAAUUUCCUUGGAAAGCAAGUUAGGAAAAACUGCUUUACUUUGCAAAGGAAUCUCUAUUGUUAGCAAAGCAGAAAGGAGAGCAGAGUUAUUAAGAUACUGAGAAACUUAUACUGAGAACUAAGCACUACUUUGCACUCCUGUGUUUGAAAUUUUUAUUGGAGGUCAGCUUCAUCUCUUCUGUAAGACAAAUUUGAAGAGAAUUUGCUAUGCAAACAUUUUUCUUGUUGCCAUUAUCUGUUCUAGGAUGCUGUGCUGUACCUGGUUUCUGCUGGGUCUGUACAAAUAAAAUCCUAGACUAUGAUAUCUGUCUAACAUGGUUUAAUUUGUUUUAUUAAAACAUAAUGUUUCAGAGAUUAGGCAUACAUGUAGUAAACAGCACCUUCAAAUCCUCUAUGGGCUGCAAGUGUACAUCACCGUUUUUAGUGGCAAUUCAGGCACAAGCUAUAGGAAGUAAAACUUAAAUUCAAACACCGACUUUAGAGGAAUACAAGGGUGUAAGUAAGAAAUCUGUGAGAUGAGAGUUAAUCCCACUAGGUCAAAUAGCACUAAAAUACUUAAUUUUUUUCUAGUAUUUAGUUUUUAUUUAGCUUGUAUUGCAUAGAUAAUGAGAAAAAGAGCACAACCAUGCCAGCCCUUUGUACUGCUUUUGCUGAGCAAGCAGGGUUGGUUGGAGGACGUGUUAAACUUGGACUGAGAGGGGAGAGAAACUUUUUUGUGUGGUCUGAGACUUCAGAACUCUAAUGCUGGAUGUGUAUUGCAAGUUUGAACCGGAACUACUGUUUUGAAACACUGGUAGUUCCUAGCUCUUCAUUUUCACUGUUGGUGCAUUUUUGUAAACAGUUUAACUAAGCUGGGAAUAUUUUUCUAUAUACUCUGGCGGAUAAUUCAUUGUUUUGAUAAAGUAUGUAUGGUAUCUGUAUUGAAAUGUAAAUAUUUUAAGACUUCAAAGUACAACAAAGCUAAACAGUUAAAAGGUUGCUUUCCAAUAAUUUUGCAAUACUCUUAAAGUUGUUCAGAGACUUGGUGCUUUAAGUGAGACCUUCUUCAUCAAACAUUGGAAAAGUUUUGUAUCAUUUGUACCAUAGACUAACGUAUUCCACAGAACAAACUUCCUUUUCUCUGUUUUGUCAGUAAUAAUGAAAGGACAGUUCUCAUUUUUGUAUUCAAAUGGAAUUAUAUUUUUUUAGAUGGGUACACUAGAGGGUUUUUUCACUUCAUGUACUUUUAUGCCAAACCUGACAGUACUAUUUACAUUUUUUUUAUUCUGAAAAUAGAUUCCAUUUUAAAACUCUGGCAUAUCACAUACAAUAAAUACUAGAACUGUUAACACAACAAAAAUAUGGUUAAAAUCCCUCCUUUGUUAAGCUCUUUCAGUCCAGGUUACUGUCCGUAUUAAUUUUGUUUCUGUAGAAGCUACAAAAUAAAUGGCUUUGAAUUUGCUUCUCAAGA